AUGUUAAGCGCGUCCUCGUCCAACAACCACUCACUCUUCUCAUUUGGGCGGAAUGGGGCAUCGAAGCAGACUGACGAGCAGGCGACGGGGUCCUACGACUUCCUGCCCUCUGUGAGUUUUGACGAUCUCCAAACCAGCAUUGAAUCGGCGUCCACAGAGUUCACUCUGACCCAAUUUCCCUACGGCCUCGCGCCCGACACGGUCUGGCUCGAUCCUGCGGAGGCCCAGUACAUCAAGUCGAAAGACCAGCAUAUCUUCCAGUCACUACCCACCUGUCUCAAACCCUGCAACGGCGAACAGACCGCCGCGAAAGUCAAUCGGCUCAGGGGUUACGGCAGAGACUACGGAGACGUUGACGAGCGGUCAAAGACGCCGCCCUAG